AUGGCGGGCGGGGGUCCCCUGAAGGAGCUCUGCGAGGAAGCCUCUUGCUCCAUCUGCCUGGACUUCUUCAGGGAUCCGGUGAGCAUUGCAGAGUGCGGGCACAAUUUCUGCCGAGCUUGCCUGAUCCGGAGCUGGGGGGAGUCGGGGGCAGACGCCUCCUGCCCCCAGUGCAGAGGGAGAGCGCAGGAGGGGAGCCUCCGGCCCAACCAGCAGCUGGCCAACUUGGUGGCGAUAAUCCAGAAACUGAGUCCUCAGGAGGGAAAGGAGGAGACCAGAAAAGGGCAGAAGCGAAGGAGGGGGGUCUGCGAGAAGCACCAGGAGCCCCUGAAGUUUUUCUGCGUGGAGGACCAAGCCCCCCUCUGCGUGGUCUGCCGCAGAUCCGAGGAGCACAAAAGGGACGAGGUGAUCCCUCUGGAGGAGCCUGCCGGAGAGAAGAAGACAGUCACGGCAGCCAGAAAGGAGAGAGUUUGCCCGAAGCACCAGGAGCCGCUGAAGCUCUUCUGCAAAGACGAUGAAGCCCUCAUCUGUGUGGUCUGUGACCUGUCAAAGGAGCACAACCAUCAUGAAAUCAUUCCUGUGGAGGAGGCCUUCCAAGAGUACAAGGAUCAGUUCUGUGAUUGUAUGAAGGUUCUUCGGAGGAAGAAGGAUAUUAUUCUAAUGUAUAAAGCCAAUAUAGUGAGAGAAAGCCAAGACCUGCUUAAGCAAACCAAAGGAGAGCGGCAGAAGAUAGUGAUCAAGUUCAGGCAACUGCAUAAGUUUCUGGAUAAGCAAGAGAAGCUUUUGCUGACCCAGAUGGAAGAAAUGGAGAAGGAGGUGACAAGAACCAGGGACCAGAACCUGGCUGAACUGUCUGAGGAGCUCUCCUCUCUGUACAGCCUCAUCCGGGAGAUGGAAGAGAAGAGUCAGCAGCCGGCCAGUGAACUCCUGCAGGAUGCCAGAAGCACCUUGCAGAGGUGUGAAGAAAAGGAGGCGUCUGAGGAUCCAGUGGCUUUUCUUCUUGCACUGAAGGGCCGCAUGUGGGACUUCCCAGACUUAAAUCCCCUUUUGGAGGGCAUCAGCAAGCAAUUCAAAGACACUCUGGAUUCUGGACUUUACCUGCAGAAAGCGAAUGUGACUCUGGAUCCAGACACGGCCCAUCCCCAACUCGUCCUGUCUGAGGAUCGGAAAAGCGUGAGAUGGGGAGAAGAAGCUCAAGCUCUGCCCAGCAACCCUGAGAGAUUUGACGAAUAUGCUGCUGUGCUGGGCCUUGAGGGAUUCAGAGCCGGCCGUCAUUUCUGGGAAGUCCUUGUGGGAAGUGAGGGAGAUUGGAGUGUGGGGGUGGCCAGAAGGUCUGUGGGGAGGAAGGGAGACCUCAGCUUUAGUCACGAGGAAGAGAUCUGGGAGGUGGGGAAGUGGAAUGGGCACUACUGGGCUUUCGUGGAAGGCGGUGACAAUUCCCUGUCCCUGACCGGGGAGCCGAAGAGGAUCCGAGUCUGCCUGAACUACGCUGGGGGCCGAGUGGCCUUUUUUGACGCUGACCGAGGAUCCCUGAUCUACGAGUUCUCCGGAGCCUCCUUCCAUUGGGAGACCCUCCUGCCCUACUUUCGAUUUGGUUCAAAAGGCCACCUCAAACUCACUUCUUAA